GAGCGCAAGAUGGCGGCGCCCAGUGAGCGGCGUGACUGCUGGGCAGCGGUUCUGCAUUGAAGCGGCUGUGCGGGGUUCUGGUUCCGAGAAAAGGAGUCUUUGCAACAUGUCGCGGCUUAUUGUGAAGAACCUGCCGAACGGGAUGAAGGAAGAGCGCUUCCGGGACCUCUUUGCCGCCUUUGGGACACUGACCGAUUGCAGCCUGAAAUUCACCAAGGAUGGGAAGUUCCGCAAAUUUGGGUUCAUUGGCUUUAAAUCUGAAGACGAUGCUAAAGUAGCCUUAACCCAUUUCAACAAAAGCUUCAUAGACACAGCCAAAGUCACGGUUGAGUUCUGUAAGUCUUUCGGGGACCCGCUGAAACCCAGAGCUUGGAGCAAACACUCCCCAAAGCCUCCGUUACUAAAGGAAGCUUCUGAAAAACCCACGAAGAGUUCAGGGCCUACAGAAGCAAAUCAAGAUAAAAAGAAGAAGAAUCAGGCAGUGGAGUUGAAAGAGCUGGAAGGAGAAGAGGCGUUUCAAGACUUCCUGGCGGUGCACAAGAAACGGUCUGAGGUGGCCACUUGGUCCAAUGACACAAAAUUGGAGGUGCCCAAGAAGAGCCCGGCUAAGCCGGUGGAUGAUUAUCUGAACUUCGAUUCGGAUGAGUCAGGGAGCCUCAGUGAGGAGGAAGCCGAAGAUCCAGAGGAUGGAAUUGCCCAAAAGAAGGAGAAAAGUUCCAAAGGGAAACCAGCAGCUAGCCAAGAGCUCUCGGACAUGGACUACCUGAGAUCGAAAAUAGUGAAGGAUGGGGAGUCUUCAUUGUCUUCUGCGGAGGAGAGUGAGACUGAGGAGACGGGCAGCGAGGAUGCUGCUGAAGGAGAGGAGGAGAAGGUAGAGAAACCCAGUCACAAGCGAUCCGCUGGUUCUGGUCUUACAAUGGAAUCUGGACUAGAUGGAAAGAUCAAGGGCCAGAGAGGUGCCACAGAAAACAAGACCCUGAAAGCCACAUCCCAGGUAAAGACGCCAGCUAGUGCAAACGAGCCCACCACGCCAUACACAGUGAAGCUGCGGGGCGCCCCAUUCAACGUCACAGAGCAAAACGUCCGGGAGUUUCUUGUGCCGCUUCGGCCGGUGGCGAUCAGGUUAGCCAGGAACGCCCAUGGCAACAAGACAGGUUACGUAUUUGUUGACUUUAACAGUGAGGAAGAGGUACAGAAAGCGUUGAAACGAAACCAUGAAUACAUGGGAGGACGGUACAUUGAGGUUUUCCCUGAGGAGAGCUUUGCAAAGAAAAAACUCUCCUCGAAGGGCCCGGGCCAAGCCUGGCAAAGGGCCAAGAAGGACGAUGAGGAGGAGGAAGAUCUCUCUGAGUCGGGGAGGCUGUUUGUUAGGAACCUUCCUUACACAAGCACAGAGGAAGAUCUGGAAGCCAUGUUUUCCAAAUACGGCCCUCUCUCUGAGAUCCACUUCCCCAUUGACGGUCUGACCAAGAAACCCAAGGGCUUUGCCUUCGUCACCUAUAUGUUCCCUGAGCAUGCCGUGAAGGCCUUUGCAGAAGUGGAUGGACAGGUUUUCCAGGGUCGGAUGCUGCAUGUCCUGCCCUCCACCAUUAAGAAGGAAGAAGGGGAGAACCCCGAUGCCGCGGGGACCUCUUCCUACAAGAAGCAAAAGGCGUCCAAGGACAAAGCCAACAGUUCCAGUUCUCACAACUGGAACACACUAUUUAUGGGGGCGAACGCUGUGGCAGACGCUAUUGCACAGAAAUACAACGCCUCCAAGAGCCAAGUUUUGGAUCACGAGGGCAAGGGCAGCGUGGCAGUGAGGGUUGCCUUGGGUGAAACAGAGCUCGUACAGAAGGUCCGCCAGUUCCUGCUAGAAAAUGGGGUCAGCCUGGACUCCUUCAGCCAGGCUGCUGGUGAGCGAAGUAAAACCGUGAUGCUGGCGAAGAACCUGCCUGCCGGCACGACGGGAGUAGAGCUGGAGGAGACGUUUGGGGGCUACGGCAGCCUCGGGCGGGUGCUGCUCCCCGAAGGCGGAGUGACGGCGAUCGUGGAGUUCCUGGAGCCCACGGAAGCCAAGCGGGCUUUCACAAAGCUCGCCUACUCAAAGUUUCGGCAUCUCCCUCUGUACCUCGAAUGGGCUCCGAUGGGCGUCUUCUCUGGCCCUGGGAAGAGAGAACUUGAUAUCACAGGAGACAAAAAGGAAGGUGAGGUGCAGGAGCAAACUGGUGUCUGUGAAAAGGAUGAAGCUGAAGUUGAAGCAGAGCCAGAGGAAGACAAAAUGGCGGUGGAGGAAGAGGAGGAGGAGGAGGAAGAAGAAGAUGAUGAAAGCCUUCCAGGGUGUACGCUCUUCAUAAAGAACCUCAACUUUUCCACCACCGAGGAAACUCUAAAAGAGGUUUUUUCCAAAGUGGGAAUCGUGAAAGGUUGCACCGUCUCAAAGAAGAAAGACAAAGCUGGCACGCUCCUUUCCAUGGGGUUUGGAUUUGUGGAGUACAAGAAACCAGAACAUGCCCAGAAGGCCCUCAAGCAGCUGCAGGGCUGCUCCGUGGAUGGCCAUCAGCUGGAAGUAAAGAUCUCUGAAAGGGCUGUCAAGUCAGCGGUGGCUUCGACCCGCAAGAAGCAAACCGGCAGGAAGCAAAAGAGCUCCAAGAUCCUUGUGCGCAACAUCCCCUUCCAGGCGACGGUGAAAGAGAUCAGAGAGCUUUUCAGCACCUUUGGAGACCUGAAAACAGUCCGCCUGCCAAAGAAGAUGGUUGGAACGGGAACGCACCGUGGUUUCGGCUUUGUGGACUUCCUCACGAAGCAGGACGCUAAGAGAGCCUUCAGUGCCCUGUGCCACAGUACCCAUUUGUACGGCAGGAGGCUGGUCUUGGAAUGGGCGGAGCCAGAAGAGACGGUGGAGGCCCUGCGGCGGAAGACAGCAGAACAUUUCCACGAUUCUCCGAUCAAGAAGAAGCGGUCGGCUGCCCUAGAAGAAAUCCUGGAAAAGAUGGAGGAUGAAGGGGGCGACGAGGAAGACAACUAGGAUUCCUGCUCCGAAACUAUACCUACGCAGAGCAGUUCCAACUCAAGAAAUUGUCGAGAAGACAAUUUCCCCUGGGAAACAAAGUGGAUCGCUCCCUCAACACACACACACCCCAAAGAAGAGUGCCUUGGACAAAUACCCAGAAGGCAGUGAUACUCAUCAAAUGGUGCCUCCAGAUCUUUCCUGGCUAGGAUCUGAGAGAGCAACAGUGAUCACCUCCUGCAUCCCAGCCUGAAAAACAACCACAUCCGCUUUUUAACCCAACAGACCAAGCCAACCUUCCCAGGAAAUGUCUCGCACCAGUUUGGAGUUCCCCCCACCCUCCCCUUCUUGAUAGUUUGUGCAGGUUUCAAAAAGAGUGUACAUAUUUUAUUUUUAAAUGCAUGGUUAAAGAACACAUCUGGAUAGUAAUGUCAAAUAAUAUCCCCUUUUUAUGCUGCC